AUGCCGCCCAAGACGGCUACGGGCAGAGCUCGCGGAACAGGCACACGAGGAAGAGGAGGCAGAGGACGAGGAGGCGCCGCCGCAGCAACAGCAGCAGACUCUGCGUCAACAGACCAACCCAUGACCGAUGUAGCCCCGGCAGAAACAUCCACACCAGCACCCGUCGCGCAAAUGACAGCAGCCCCAAUCGCAAACAUGGCUUCGGAAACCACCGCCUCGUCUUCAACCACAGACGCAGCACCAGUACCAGCGCCAGUAAAACGCGUAGCUUCUGUUCGUCGUGGCGGCGCAUCAGCUUCUCCUGCACCUUCAGCCUCGCGCGGCAAGAAGCCAGUUGUACCUGCACCCAAAGCAGUAAGAAGAAGCAAGGAAGACAGAGAAGCCCUGCAAAAAGAAGCCAAUGCGAGAAAAGCAGAGGAAGCAAGAGCAGCACUGAGAGAUGCAAAGAGAGCAGGCAGAGGCAGAGGCGACAGAGGAAGAGGAAGAGGUGGUGGUAAAGCAAGAGGAGGCUUUAUGGGAGACAGUGAGAGAACCAUCAGAGACGUUGUGGCCAGCGGCCCAUUCUCAGCUGGUCAAGUAUCUGCCGACGCCGGUUUCCGCGGACAAAGAAGAGGUGUGGGCGGUGGAGGUUCUGGAGGAGGUAGUGGUGGAGGAGGUGGUGGAUAUUCCGGCGGAUCUGGCGGCGGAGGCAGCGGCAGCAGUGGAGGCCCUCGCAUUAAGAGUGAAGGCGGCCCCUCAUACAACAACGUCAACAUCGAAGACGGCGGCUACAUAUCCUCAGACCUGGACGAAGCAGACGAAGGCCCACGCAAAGACAUCGACUUCAUCAACCUCCUCAGCGACGAUGAGCAAGACGCGGCAGCCACAAACGCCGGCAUGGCUCCCAUCCGCGUCAACCGCGUCGAGCACCGCGAGCGAGAAAAGCCAGUGGCCGCAGAUGCUUCAAAGUCAAAAGCCGCAAUCGCCGAACAAGCUUCCCACACCACCGCCAUAACCUCGCCAACAACCGCCAAAGAACGCACUGCAAGCCCCGAGCUCGUGCGCAGCAAGCAGCCCCGCGCAAAGGACGUCCAAGUCGUGCGCAGCGAGAGAAAGUGGAAGGGCGCCUGGGAAGACAGCUCCGACGACGAGCACACAGCCAUAAAGCCCGAGCCUCUGGACGACGACACCAACACCUCAAUCACAGCAGCAGCACUCCCAGAUUCCCAUCCAGCAAUCAAGGAAUCCGCUUCUCCAGAGUCACGGCGCAAAUCGAAGGGCAAAGGCAUAGCCAGAAAACACGCCUUGCCCACCGAAGCACCGGCCCUGCAAACCGUAGAAGAAAGACGAGAAUGGGAGCGCCACCACCUCGACCUCGAGAUCCUGCGCCAAGAACUCGGAGAAAUAACUCUUCCCUCUGCUACACCAGCAGCAGCAGCAGCAGCCGCCGCAAAAGACUCACAAGGCGAUACGAAAAUGACCGAAGGAGACGCCACAGCCACAAACGAAGAACCAGACCUCACAGAAGGCGCCGACGCAAGUACUUCCCUGCCUCCAUCCUCAACAAAUCCACCCCCAGACCGCCGCACCGACCGCGUCUACCUCUUCCAAUUCCCUCCCAUCCUCCCCUCCCUGGUCCCCGCAACCGUAAAACCCGAACCCGUAUCUCCAACCCUGUCGAAGAAAAUCCCCGCCUCGACAGCAGCAACAGCAAUCGAUGUAGACGCUUCUGCAGCUCCAAAAGCAAAGGCAAAGCAAGAGGUCCCAGAGUCGGCUGGGCAGAUGCAUUCGCCGUUCCCUUCUGGCUUGGUUGGAAAACUGCGCGUGCAUGCGAGUGGAAGGACCACUUUGGAUUGGGGUGGUACGUCGCUGCAGGUGGGCAUGGGUACGGAUGUGCAGUUUUUGCAAGAUGCCGUCGUUGCAAAGUUCAAUGACAAGAGUGACGUUGAAGGUGCAAAGGGCAAAGAAGAAGAACAAGAUGAAGGUGCAUUCGGUGGCGAAGUCAUGGGAUUGGGUCAGGUCAGGGGCAAGUUCGUCGUUACCCCUGACUGGGAAGAGAUUGUCGGUGUGAGAAUCUAG